UACGAGCCAAUCAGGACACAAGCCGUCACUCCUGAGAGCCAAUCACGGAACACAACAAACCAGAGACCGACAACGGGGAGCAAGCGGAAAAUGUUUGAGGGAUAUUCGUGCUUCUUGAGUACAUCAGUAAAAACAGCAUCCAGGACAGAUGGAGGUGGUCCAGUCUGAAGCGGGAUCCACACAGAAUGCUGAGGCUGAAGAGGAGAUCCAUACAGCCAUGCUGUGGUCCAUCCAGGAAGCCGUUCACAGGCAGACGCUGCAGAUCGGGGUCUCUGCGUGCGGUGCGACCGCAGUUGUGGAUGUUCUGCAAGCGCUGGGCAUCACGGUCACACCAGACACAGUAAACCGCUGCGUGCGGACGUGUCUUAGGAAGAACGAAGUGCUACUGCCCGAUUAUCUGCUCUCCAGGAGCAAAGCUGGUGCGACACACCAGCAGCUGAUAGACGGAGCCGAUCAGGCCAGCGGGGGUCGAAUAAUGGGACGAUUUUUCAGCCUUUAUCCUCGGCGGAGGGUGAAGUUGGUGCCGUGGUUGGCACGUUGGAUACUGCGCGGAGCCGUACCUGUGGCCACCAUGAACAUGCAGCGGGCGGUGCCCGAAGGAGAGGAGAUUCCUGACGCCUGGCACCACCAGCUGAUCUUUGGUGUGGGACCAGGCGCAGUGUUCAUGACCAACCCUCUGGAUGUGGUGAGUGAAGAGGAGGUUCAUGAGCGUCUGUGCAGCGAGUCAGUGCUUCUCAUUCGCCGUGAGGAUGUUCUCAAGAGACUGACUCGUGAUGUUCCGCUAUCACAGAUCUCAGAUCGGCAUCCAGAUUCGCAAUGGAAGACAUUAAAUGUAGAGGGUCAAGUUAGAAGGAUGAUCAGUGAAGAAGAGCAGAAUGAUGAAGCUCAACCCAAGACGACACAUCUGAUCAUUCCAGCUGCGUACAGCUCUGGCAUCACUUUGUUCGCUCUCAGAGACACUGAUGUUGGUCAAGAACUUCUUAACCCAGAACUUCCUCUUCUGUGAUCCAUCUCAUACCUGCCAUUGGCUUUUUUCUAACUUAUUUUUUACAUGAAUUCAAUAUUUAUUAUGUCUGCUUUUAAUAGUCGUUUUGUUUGUGAAUGUUUAUGCUGGAUUUUGUGCAGAAUGAGAGUUCAUCUUUACAUCAUGUUCUCAAUUAAAGAAAAGAAAAAUGGACAUUAUUACUGUUCAGAUAUUUUUCUUUUUUACAUGUUUUUUCAAAAUAUAAGAACAAAAGGCAAACACUAACUCAUGCAAAAAUUCAAUGCAAAUGCUAUUUUUUAUAAAUAAACUCACUUGACAUAAAUCCAGAUGUUCAAAAUAAAUUUUAGUUUUAUAACAUUGUACUUAUAUGUAUAAUAUGUGUGUGCUCUGAUAACAUAAUGUGUGUAAUUGGUGAUGAGCAUAUCUUAUCAAAUCAAAAAACCCUAAAAGAAUUUGUGUUGUUAUUUGGAAUGUCCUGAUGGGAUCAAACAAACCUUUUAGAAUCAAG